CAAAAAUGUCAUUAAGAAGUGUUGUCGAAAUUGUAACUCAUGUAGAAAGCUUUAGAAAUGUUGAUCUCUAUUAUUAAGGUGUUUAUUUCUUAAGAAUCACUAUCCAUAAUGAUGCUCCACAAGAUGUAUCUACAUUUAUAACUUUUAGAUUAAUAAAAUCUAUGCUCAUCCACAUGAUCCUUGUGAAUCUUAUAAAACUUAUCCAUAAGAGGCUUAAUAGAAUGUUAAUCCACCUAAAUAUUAUGAAACUCAUAUAUUUAGACCAGCAUCCAUAGUUACAUCAAAUUCAGCAUUUUAUACUAAAGCAUUUUUUAUUAAGUUUUGUGAAGAGGAAAUUGAACUCAAUGAUAUUUGUAAUUUCAGAAUUGAAUUCGAUGCAGGUCCAAAAAAAGAAUAGUCACUUAUUAUGUAAGUUGAUUUAAUGUUUUUUGAUUGUUUGAAUUCUUAAAAAGAUUAACCAAAACAAGAACCACUCUAUACCAAAUAGGAUAAAGAAGAUUAUGCUAUACCUGAUGGAAAAAUUCAAGCAACUGCUAAAUUUAAAAUCAAAAAUGUUUUAUAACCAAAUCACUAAUUUGUACCUAUCAUCUUUGAAGAACAAAACUUUUGUUAAGCAAACAUGGUUGUACAUACUAUUACUUUAGAUUAUCGUUUUCGUACUCAUCCUAUUCAAUUAUUUUAAUUUGCUAGACUUAAAUUUGAAGAACGUAAUUAAUUGUUAGAAGGAAAAGUACCUAACACUCUUGAUAAAAAUAAAAAUCAAUCCAAACCUUUAAUUAAUUCAGAUCAAAUUUCAAUGUAUGAAACCAUUUAAAAAUAAUUCAAAGAGUUGAAAGGUUUAGAUUAUUAUGGUAUGCAGUAAGAAUUUGUGGAAAGCUUAAAAGGUUAUUAUGAAUAACUUUACUAACAUUAUAAUUUAAUAUAUUCUAAAUGUAUUUUAGAGAAAUAAAGAAAACAUUUUAAAAAGUAUUUAUAUCCACCUCUUAAAUUGAUUGUUCCUGAAUACAUAACAAGUGAAACUUAUUAGAAUAUAAAGGGACAAUUAACAAGAAAGGAAUUAAAUUAAAGAAUAGAGGAGAAAUUCCAUACUUCAGAUCCUGAGACAAUUAUACAUUCAAUCCUUAAUGAAACUAAUUUAAUAAGUUGUUAACUCUUUUAAAUGUGGAUUAAAGUGCUUGAUUUAUAUAGAAUAAGUCCUAGAUUCUGUGUAGCCUUAUUGUAAUUUGAUUACUAAAAGAUUAUUAAAAAUAGAUGGUAAUAGUUUUGUGUAAGAUCUCCAUUUCAAUAAUUAUUAGAUAAGAAUUUGGGAAUAGAACAUAAAUCUAAAAGUGAGAAAAUGAGAUAAGAAUCUAAAGUUUAAGAAUUAGGAGUUGAGGAUUUAAAUUCAUAUCCUAAAAUAGAGACUUAACCAAUUAUAUUUGAGGAAUUCACUCCUAGAGAAGAUAAAGAUAAAAAUGAAGAAAACAUAGUAGAUGCAGAUAUAACUAAUAGUGAAUAUGAUAUAAUGUCAUAUAGAGGAAUUCAUUUAAUAGUAUUAGUGCAUGGUUUCUAAGGUAAUUCAUAUGAUAUGAAAUUAUUUAAAAAUUACAUAUCAUUAGCACAUCCUGAAGCGAUGUUUUUAUGUUCAUCAAUAAAUGAAGAAAAUACUGAAGGUAAUAUAUAAGAAAUGGGAGAAAAAUUAGCUACUGAAGUAAUCAACUUUAUAUCUGAAAAUUGUCCUGAAAAUACUUUAGGAAGAUUAAGUUUUAUUGGACAUUCAUUAGGAGGAGUAAUAAUAAGAGCAUCAUUACCUUAUCUUGAUAAAUAUUAAGAUAAAAUGUAUACUUAUAUUAGUCUUUCAUCUCCAUAAUUAGGUUAUUUUUAUAAUGCUAGUAAAAUUGUUGAUGCUGGUAUGUGGGUAUUGAAAUAAUGGAGAAAAAGUAAAUGUUUAGAAUAGUUACAAAUGACUGAUAAUCGUAAUAUUGAAGAAACAUGUCUCUAAAAACUGGCUUAAGCAAAAGGUUUAGCUUGGUUUAAAAAUGUUUGUUUUUUUAGUUGUAUCUAAGAUAGUUAUGCUCCUUAUGAUUCUGCAAGAGUUCAAUUAUCUAAGGAAGCAAUUGAAGAUCAGUAUUUAUAUAAACUAUCACUUUAGGAGAAAUAAACCUUAUGUUUAGAUGGUUAAAGCUUUAUUAAGACAUCUUGAAAAUACUAAUGUAUAUCGUAUUGAUGUUAAUUUUGAAAUUUAAGAAAAGUAAUUUCUAAAUUAAUUUAUUUAAGAAAUCUUGAUACUUUGAUUGGUAGAACUGCUCAUAUUUAAUUCUUAGAAUGCCAGCCCCUAUUGAGAAUGGUUGUUAGUUUAUAUGAUCAAUUCUUUUGUUGA